AUGGCAGAGAAGCGCAUAAUCGGCGGGUCUGUGUUUAUUGUGAGGGGAGGGGCACUGCUCCCACAAGGGGUGAACCAUCCCAUUUGCCCGACUCAGCCAAUUGAGGCAAGGGAGGGCGAUGACGUGACGCUUCAGUGCCUUCUGGAUCCCCCGGUCAACGUGGUGAAUUAUACAGUGGACUGGAAAAGAACUGACCUCAGGAAGGUGGUCCACUCUUACCGACAUAAUCGAGAUCAUGCCGGUCCACAGAUUGCUCAGUACAGAGACAGGACAACUCUCAGCCAUGAAGACCUGAGCAGAGGACUCCUGACACUGCAGAUCUCCUCAGUUCAGUCAUUUGACAGUGGACCAUACAGAUGCUUUGUCCCAGCAUGGACAGCCAGUUGUACCAUUGAGCUCAUUGUUGUAAGAAGAGAUCGGAACCAGACAAACAGAGAUGCAUCCAGCACAAGACCUCCACUGGAAGAAGUGACCGGGCCGAACAACCCUUACGGUAAAAGCAGGACGGCUGGCCAUGCUGGAACCAUUGUUGUCUUUGCCUUUGUCCUCACUCUUGUUUUGGGUCUGCUGAUGAGAGGAACCCUCCAAAACAGAUCUCAGAUGCACCAGCUGAACACCCAAGCAGCAGAUGGGGGAGAGGAUCUGGAGAGACCUGCAGAAAUUGACUUGCAAGACGUUGCCUGAGAGAUGAUGAUGAGUCAGUGCUCUGGCUGCGGUUCAUCACCCCAACAAUCAAAAGCACACUGGUUUCACCAGUUUUACCAAAGUAUUUAAGGGACAAACAACCAUUAAACCUCUGCAUGGACCAGUGAAGGUGCUACACAACACAGACACAACAGCAAUAAUGAGUCCAUUUGGUUCAGAUGUACAGUGUUAGAACAGGAACUUUUCUUCUGAGCCAGUCAACAAAAUGCUCCUAAAAAUAUUCACCAUUAUGUCAAAAUGGGACCAAUCGUUUUCUGUACGUCAGUAAAACAGGAAGAAGACCUGUCUGUCACCCCCAGCUCUGCCUUCUGGGCCCAAAUAUGCAAGAAUAUUUUUCACAUUCCUAAAAAUACAAAUACAAACUUGCAUAAUCUGGAUUGCUUGCCAUGAUAUUUUCGACAGACAUUCAAGUUCCCCUUUUAGGUUUCUCUGACAUUUCCUCUAGUGCCAUCACCAAGUUCACUUUGGUUCAUGACUGAAUAGUUCCACAACUAUUAACAUUCACAUCCGCCGUGUUAGUGCUAACAUUUGCUUAAUAACAUUGUAACUGUUAAACAUCAGUAUUUUAACAUUGUCUUUGUAAGUGUGUUAGCGUGCUGAUGUUAGCAUUUAGCACAAAGCACCAGUGUGCCUUAAUACAAUACAAGUAAAAUGCACUCACAUUGCACAUUUCACCUGAGUGUAGAAACAAGACAGGGACCCCAUCGUUCUGUAGCAGUAAUACUGAACAAACACACAAUACAACACUUUUCAUUAAUAUUGUCAAUAAUGGUGUGCCUUAACCUCCCUGUGAGGCUGGACUCAGCUCUUAACUUUUAAAGUUACAUCAGUAACAUAAGGAGACCAUCACUUGAAUAGCAUAUCUAAAGUAAGAAGACUUGAGUCUCCAGGAGGCUCUGAGAAACUGGUACAUGCAUUCAUCUCAAACUGGUCAGACUACUGGAAAGCUCUCUGCUGGCCUCCUGCUCCUUUGUAAGACUGUUACUGUUCAUAUCUGUGCUCGUGUCAGCACAUUGUGGGCCAGGGGUUUCACAUCAGUGAGCUGCCGUAUGAUGAUGUGGUACUUUUUUUGCACUGAUUUGAAGAUUGUUAUCAUUAGCCUGUCUUUUGAAAUUUCUUGAAUGUGUUUUUCUUUUUUCUGUUUUUUAAUGAUGCACAUAAUUUAUACAGCAUCAUGCUGCCAUUGUUAUGUUUUUUUCCCUCAAGUGGUA